UUAUUAAAAAACAUUUGUCAAAUUUUUGGUAGAAUCUUAUUUGAAUUUAUGAGAAUAUCAAAAUUAUUAAUGUAAUUAUUAUUCUUAGUUUUUGGUAAACUACAAAAUUAACGUGAUAUAAAACAACAUGGCUCCCCAUUGUGACAAAAGCUCUCAAAGGAAAUCUUUACUCAACAAUUUGAAAGAUUUAGUAAAUCAAAUUGAUGGAGGUUGUUGUGGCCCAAGUAACUGUGAUCCGUGCAAACCUUGUGUCCCUUGUGUGAGUCCUGUAGGGCCCGUAAUUGAGAUUUACGAUCCGUUACCCAAACCGUGCUUACCAAUUUGUUCGCCAUAUAUAUCUCCCGGACCUUGUGGGCCAUCUUGCGGACCAUGCGGACCUUGUCAGCCAUCUUGCGGACCCUGCGGACCUUGUCCACCAUGUCCAAAACCAGCUUGUGCACCAGGUACAUGUUGUCCUCCAAGUACUUGUUGUCCAGUAUCAUGUCCGCCAGGAGGAUGUCCUCCUACAAUGGUACCUCCGAUUUUACCUAUUUGUACUCCAGUACCUCCUCCAGCGAUCCCUCUUUGCACCCCAACUGAAGAGCAACCAUGUGUUCCUUGUAAUCCUCCCAAAAUGAUGGUAUGCUAUAGAAGAGGUAAAUACAAAAGAGGAUGUGGAAAAAGAGCGAGGUCUAGGGAACUCAGAGGUGGAGUAAUGUACAUGGGUUGCGAUUGUGAAAGAUCUAAUGGACUGCAGGAUAGCUGUAUGCGAUGGGAAUGCCAAGGGGCGCCACUAUGCGGUGGAAGAGGUCAUGCUCAUUGCGCUCCAAGUGUUUAUUCCACUGGCAAACAUCUAAUGAAAAAAAAUGCCGAUGCCGAUUUGGAAGAAUAUCAAUGUUAUCCUGCAUACAUCAAGUUACCGUCAUGCGGACCUUGUCCUCCCUGCGGUCCUUGUGGCCCCUGUGGUCCGUGUCCUCCCUGUGGUCCGUGUCCUCCCUGUGGUCCGUGCCCUCCCUGUGGACCAUGUCCUCCCUGUGGUCCAUGUCCUCCCUGUGGUCCGUGUCCUCCCUGUGGUCCAUGUCCUCCCUGUGGAACUUGUCCACCUGCUCCUUGCGGGCCUUGUGCUCCAAAUCCUGUUUGUCCUCCACCUCACGUGCCUCUUGUAGCGAAACCUCCAUGUCCACCGGUGAUAAUACCAACUCCACCACCAUUAGUACCGGUUGCGAAAAUUGUACCUGUUCCCCCUCCAAUGCCUUGUCCUUUACCGUGUCCACCACCGAUUGCAUGCUGUCCGCCUCCAUGUCCUCCAUCUUGUCCAUGUCCUCCUGCACCUAUAUGCAGUCCUCCUUGUCCCCCUUGCUGUCCUCCCUGUUAUCCUUGCUGUCCCCCGUGUCCUUGUUAAUCUGUACCGGUUAUUGAAGUGGAAUAAACGAAUUGGCUAAGUUCCUCGUUUUGAUAAUAAUUUAUUAUAAAAAAAAUUACGCAAGUAUUAAUUUAAAGUGAAGUUCUCAAUUGACAUGCAUAAAAAUAUUGUGGCAUGAAGAAUAAUAUACAAGUCGGAUGAAAUGACGUGCUGAAUCUCAUUCUACCAUUUAAUCGAAUAGUCAAAUAAAGUUUCUUCUGAAAAUUUGACUGGUACUGAGAAUGUUAUUGAAAUUAAACCUGUACUUCUAAAAAUCGAUUGAUCACCAACCUAGACGAUUCACUAACAAUAUCUUCACAAUAUAUUAUGUAUUUAAAUUAUAAGAACACCAUGUAAGUGCUGAGGCUGUUUUGAUAAUCCUUGGUAAGAACUGAGCAGCUACUCAUAGUCAUUGACUUAUGAAAAGCACAAUGAUAAGUAUAUAACCUAAAUAGCACCAAUUUUGUAGGUUAUAAAAUUAUCUGUUUUCUUGUUCAAGUUCAUUUAUAAACUUAAUAUACUGUCUCUUUGGUAUUCAUAAACAUCUUAAGAUUACAGAGUCAACUAGCAAAUUCUGUCUUUUGUUAGAUUAAUUAAUCACAAUUAUUAAGCUCUCAUAUACGGGAUACUUUAAGAUUUAUUGUUCGUUUUAUUGUAUAACUUAUCGCCAAAAAAUUUUAUUUACUAAUCUGGUAUGAGUAUCUAUAGGAGUCGACAGAAUAUUCAAUUACAGGAUUUUAAACUAUUUUUCUAACACAGAAUAUUGUGACUACCUCUCGCCAAAACUAUACCGAUAGUAUUAGCUGCCACUGCUGAAGUAACUGACGAAAACGAGCCAGAAAAUGCUACAAAUAGAGCGUAUGUAAAGGAUGAUGGAAUUGGUGAUGAAUUUGAAACUGUUGGGGAUGUGUGAUCUAUCCAAAGGGAGAGAAAAUUCAGAAGAUAAUCUGCCACUCACUCUUUACAAAAAAAAACGCUAAGUCUCCUUUGCAAGAAAUUGAGUAUUCUGACUUAUAUCAACCUCGCAAGGAAAACUGGUACAAUAUUAUUUAUCAGUCCCCAGAACACUUUAAGUGUAUGAAUUUUAAAUUUUGUAUGAUAAAAUCUUGGUCUUUGUCAAUAGAUUACAUGUGAAAUUGUAUAUGUAUGGGAUAGAGUAAAUCAGAAGAAAAUCUGUGGAUAUAUUAUUAUAGUUUAGUGAAUCUUUUUUGAAAGCAUUCUAUAUUAAAUAGUAUUUCAUGUAACAAUAGAAGAUUUAUUUCUAAUUGCGAUAUAUAUUUUAAUUAUUCUGUAUGUAGGUAUAUAUGUGUCGUAUGUUAUAGUCGAUAUAAGAACUAGAUUUGUUUUCUCAAUUUAUCUAUAAUUAUUUUUAAAUUAGGUAUUGUUUCUUAUUGUUGCUUUCUACACAAGUGUGACAAAUAUGCUGAUUUCAUAUGUUUAUUCUUAUAAUUAUAUCAAAUAUUUUUCAUUCCAUUUAUUUUAUUAAUAUUAAACUUCAGUACUAUAUAAGCUAAAGCUGCUAAAAAUUAUACUUAAACUCUCUUAAGCCAGUAAUCAAAAUGAUUUAUUCUGUUCCAUCUCAAUUUAUUGUUUAUUUCAUUCCACAAAUAUUUCUGUUGAUUUAUUUUCGGUAUACUGUACAUUAAAUUAUAAAGUUGCCAUUCUACAUCUGAAUUAUUUUUGUUUAGAGCCUCAGCAACUAUUAGAGAAUUUUUUAUAUAUGAAGUAGGUUGAAAUAAUAAUACUCAAUUUCAUCAUUUUACAUAAGUGUAUAUCAUACAGUACCUAUUAAGAAUUUGUAAAGCAAUUUUUGGAAAGUAACAGACAUUCAAUUCAAGCAAUUCAAUUAGAUAAGAACAAAUUUUUUUUAGUGUUGACACUUAUACUGGAAGUAAUUUUAUCCAACUCAAAAUCGAUAUAAUAAAUUCAUACUCCGUAAUUCAAUAAGAAAAGUUUGCAAAAUAAACAUGACGUUCAUGAAAGACGAGAACUUUGCUUAAAAGUUCAGCAAAGAAAUAGAAAAAGGAAGAAUUGUUACUUGCUUUUAGAGAAUUUGGCAUUUGUUAAUCGUUACUGGAACCAUAAAAAUUACAAAUUCCAAUAAUUGCUUCUAUUUAACAUUUUAUAAUAUCGACAACUGAAACAGAAAUCAGAAACUUUAUCUCUUCCUUAUAAAUGAGAAAAAGAAAACAAAAAAAGGGAAGAAACUAAUUCGACGUAUUCUUGAUUUAAAAUGUUUGUCAUUUAAAAAUGAAAUCUAUUCAUUGUAUUUUUUAGUUUCAAGUAGCUACUAUAAUCGCAAUGAUUUUUUUUUAAUAGAUCAGAAAUUUACUAUCAAUUCUUCUGUUUUUUAUUCCUAAAGCUCGCAUAGUUUCGCCACUAUGGUAUUAAAUACAAGUCUGAUACUUGAGAAUCCAGUGAACUUAGCUAAUUCGUUUAUUAUCACUUAUGUGUUUGUAUAAAAAAAAUGUAAAAUUAAUAAAACUAAGUUUUGAACUUAUAA